AUGUCCAAGGAGCUACAGGUCAGCCCUGCUGGCAGGGAGCUCAGUCUUUCAACAAGUCACCUUGAGAAAGGCAAGGAUCAUGUCGCCCAGCGCAGUCUUGUGCGCUCCAUUUUUAUCGUCGUGACAUGUACCGCUGCGAUGGUGGUCAAUAUUUCCAACUCUACUUCAGUCUCCAUAUCCCUUCCUACUAUUGAGAAGGACCUAGAUAUCGAGCAAGAACAGCUCCAGUGGCUCGUGUCUGCCUAUUCACUGAGUUCGGGUUGCCUUCUUUUGUUCUUUGGUAGAAUGGCGGAUCUUUAUGGACGAAAAAAGGCCUUCAUGAUCGGUACUCUAUUACAGAUAGCCUUUUCCCUAGGUUGUGGCUUUUCUCAAAAUGGUCUUACUCUCGCUGUUUUGCGUGGAUUCCAAGGUGUUGGCGGCGCCGCUACAAUACCAUCUGCACUCGGUAUCCUAGCCCAUGCAUUCCCGCCAUCUAGGGCACGUUCAUUAGCAUUCGCAACUUUUGCAGCCGGCGCUCCUGUUGGCGGCGCAUUUGGUACCAUAAUCGGCGGUGUUCUUACUCAGCUUUCUUCUCAGCAUUGGCGUGCCGUAUUCUAUUUGGCUGCAGCGACAUCCGCUCUAAUAGGUGUUUCCGGUUUUAUUUCUUUCGACGCAGACGUUCCCUCAACGGAAGCUGUCAAACGUGUCGACUGGAUUGGCGCAUCACUCGUCACUGUCGGCUUGGUCUUGAUUGUCUUUGUACUCGGUCAAGGAGAAGUCGCUUCUAAUGGCUGGAAAACCCCUUAUAUCAUCGUGCUUCUUAUCCUUGGCGUUAUCAUGGUCGUACUAUUCCUCCUUUGGGAACGACACUUGGAACGAGUUUUAGAUGAUGACCCAUCAAGAGCGGACUCCAUGUGGACGCCACCACCCCUAAUGAGGCUGUCAUUAUGGACGCGUGCUAAGGGCCGGAUGGCCGUUGUCCUUGCCAUCGCAUUCCUAAAUUGGAGCGCCUUCAUCACCUGGACGUUCUGGGUUCAGUUGUACUAUCAGAACUACCUGUUCCUCACGCCUGUAAAAACCAUGAUCCGAUUCAUUCCGAUGUUCAUUGUCGGCUGUUUGUGCAACUUUUUCGUCGCAAUGGUCGUUGCCAGAUUGCCAUUGGUGAUUUUUUCACCGGAACGCUGCUCACAGCAUCCUGCCUGCAUCCUAUUUGCGAUGAUCGACCCGUCCGCAACCUAUUGGGCCUUUGGGUUCCCUUCCACGGUUCUCGUCGUGUUCGGCGCUGAUUUCGUGUACGCAUCCGGUACCAUCUUCAUCGCUAAAAUCGCGCACGGCCAUGAGCACAGCGUUGCGGGAGCGCUAUUCCAAACUAUGACACAAAUCGGCACUGCAUUCGGUCUAACCAUAUCCACGAUUGUGUUCAACACCGUAGUAGACAAGAAAUCCUCCGAACUGGGCGUCACUGUCAACUCCAGUGGGACUAACGCGCCUCAGUCAGCACAGCUUGCGGGGUAUAAAGAUGCACAAUGGACUGCCGCUGCGUUUGCGCUCAUGGCCGCGGUGCUGGCAUGCGGUUUUCCUCCGCAGUGUCGGGAUUGUCGGACACCAGAAGGUUAUUAG